AUGUCGGGAAGCCACAAGGCCCUCCCCGUCUGUGUCGGCGUCCGUGUCAACGGAGGCAGUGGUGGAUGUGGCAGCCAGGCGCUCGGUCGAAUCCGCCUCGCUGGGGUCAUGGUGCCAGUGACACCGGCGGGAGGACUCGAGGUCCAGCGCGCCGUAGUUGUGCUCGUCGACGUGCCAGAGCAGCAAGUCAGUCAGCUCGUCUUCGUCGUCGGACAACAACAAAGACAAUGUCGUCGUCGUCGAGCCCGGAGAGCGCAGGAUGGGUGGCGGCGAGGUCGCGAAACCGUCGGAUCUGCUCCUGUCUACAUGGAAGGCCGUGACUUAUCAGCAAACCUUGCUUUUUUUCCCUUUUAUUGA